GAAAUAUUCUAAAUACAUAUGUUAAAUAUUUAUAAUUAGAUAGUUGGCAAAUUGCGUAACAUUCUUAAACGCUACAUAUUUAGUAUUGUGCGACGUUGCAUUAAAUUUCAAACAAUUAGCAAAAAUUAAAAUUUAUUUGUCUGUUCCCAUUUAUUUAAUAUACAAAUAAGUUUGACGUCAGACGUAAACGGCUAGAACCUCUUGCCGAUUGAAUAAGUGCCACGUUGUUUAUCGUAUUAUGCAAACUUUCAUGCUAUGCAUGCUAUGUCACCAAACCGUAUUGCAAGUAUUUUUAUCAAUUUUUCAGGUCACUGAACAUCAACAAAAAAAGGUUAGAACCUAUCAUUUAUAAAUCAUGAUUCGAAUAGUAAUCAUCUGUUCACUAAUUUCGGUAAUCAAAAGCAAUGACUGUAACUUCAAUGCGGAUGAGGUAGAUGCAUUAAAAACAUCUUUCUCUGAUGCAGAUGAAUACAUAGAAAGAUUAGUUCGAAAUGCGAAUCGAAAUGCAGCAAUUGUCGUAGGUCCAGCACGAAGUGGAAAAAGUACACUAAUUAAUUACUUAAUAGGCAAUAAAUUGACAGCCUACUUUCCAAGUAAAUAUGAUAACCUAAAAAUAAAAAAAUUUGACGAAAACUCUAUAGGUCCAGAAAUUGGUGAAGGGACAGUGUCAAAGACUUCAAUUCCCUCAAAGUGGAAUUCAGCAAUAUUCUCUAAUUUGGACAUCUGGGAUUCUGCUGGAUUUGACGACAGUAGAGGAGUGAAAAAAGACGUCAAUAAUUCUUUUUAUCUGCAUCAUUUAGUAAAGAAAGUAAAAACUCUAAAAUUUGUUCUAGUUGUUAGUUUUGAGAUCAUUACCGGAAAUACUGAACCGUUUUUAGCUCUUUUACGUAAUCUUGAAAUUUUCCUUAAUGGCAAAUUCAGAAUUUUUUUUCCAUCUAUAUCAUUAAUUAUCUCCAAAGCACCUUUUGAGAUUUCUAAUUAUAAAAUCGAUAAUGAAUAUAUAAAGAGAAAAUUAGAAAGAAAUAUAAUAUCCCAAUCUAAUAUGACAAUGUCCGCAGAUGUUAGAGAUUUUGUACGGCAUGUAAAAGAUAAUGACAAUCGUAUUGCGUUCUUCAGGAAGGCAAGGAACAAUGGUUUAAUUACUUCUGAUAUUGAUGAUAAUAUUAUUGGAGCUAUUCAAAAUUCAUAUAGAAUAAAAAUGGAAUGUCUCCAGGACGUGGGUUUUUCUAUUGCAGAGAGAACAGUAACUUGCCUGCAAAAGGCUUACGAUACAUUGAACCCUAUGGAAGAAUUUAUGAACAUGAACGAUAUAAUAAACGCAUUCUGGAGAGAAAAGUUUGAGUUUUUGCAUAGUAAACACAUAAGAAAUAAUGCUAAUAUGUUAAAUUCAACGAGAAACACUUAUUUUACCAAGGAAAACUAUAUUAAUAAUACUUCAUGGAAAAAUUCUAGUAUAUUCGUGAAAAUUGAAAUUAUAGAAAACAGCGAUGAUCUUUUCAAACAAUUUAUUAAGAACCAAGAUUUGAAGAAUAAAAUUAAUCGAAGUAUCUUUAUUGAUACUUUAUUGAAAAAAAAACAAAUGAAUUUUCUUGAUAUGAUGGCGGAAACUUUUGUUUAUAACAUAUCUGGAAAAAUUUCACAACUUAUUGCACUAUGUUCAAGUUUGCUAAACCAAUUAACAAUUAAACAAUAUAGAAAACAAAUAAAAAUCAUGCAGGCAUCGUAUGCCGAAAUAACGCAAAUGUUAGACAGAAAAAUUGAAACUCUCGUGUUAACUGAAAAGGAGAAAAGCAAUUGGGAGAUAAUUAAAAGUGACCGAAUAAAUAAUAGCCCAAAAAAACGAUCUAUUAAAAAACUUGUAUAAGUAAGUAAACAAGAUUCUCUUGUACAGUCACCAGGUAAAAAAUAAUUAGGACAAAUUUCCUACAGAAUUUAUUCAGAAUUCGUAUUAAAUUUUACGAUUAAAAUAUGUACAAAUAAUAUAGAAUUGAAUUAAUUAAAAAAAAAAGUUUAUAGCAAAUAUUAAGUGCUGAAUUUUCUUCGAUUUUUCGUGUGUGCAGCUGGCGAAAUAAUGUUAUAUUCUUCACCGACUAUAAAAUUUUUACCUACAUAUAAUUAUAAUUUUGUUUAAUAUUGUAAUAUUUUCAAUAAACUUGUUUUACCUGUUAGAUUUAUUUUUUG